AUGAAUGAAAAUCAAUUUAAAUUAUUACCAUUUAUUUGUGAAUAUCAAAUUUCAUGCAAUACAACUGGAAAUUGUCAAAAUAAUGGAAAAUGUUUUCUAAAUAUGGGAAUACAAAUAUGUGUUUGUUCACCGGAAUAUACAGGAAAAUAUUGUGAAAAUAGAAUAUUCGAACAGAGAAAAUAUAUUCGACAAUUAUAUAAACGAUAUAUAACAAAACUUCAUUCGAACGAUAUGAGUCAAAUAUUAAAUCCAUAUAAAAUUUUAGAAGUUGAAUGGAAUGAUACAUUAGAAAUCAUUCGACAAGCAUGGCGUCGAAAAAUAAUUGAAUGGCAUCCAGAUAAACGUGCUGUAAAUGACGAAGAUGCUGGAAGAAUGUUUCGAGAUAUUCAAAGAGCUUAUGAAAUUCUCUCAAAUGAUAUGACUAGACAAAAAUACGAUGAAAUAUUUAAUGAUAAUGAUGAUGAAGAUGAAGAUCUUGAUUCAUUUCUAAAUCAUUUAUCUUUAGAAACAGGUUCAAAACGUUCGGAAAUAUUUGAAAAGAAAAUGAAAGGAUGGAUUAAUGAAUAUCCAACUAGAACAUUUCUAGACAAUGUUGAUAGUGAAUUAUCCAGUAUAAUCAUAGAAUUAUCAAAUAAAUACAAAGAAAAAUUCAAGCAUAAUUUAGUAAAAAUUCGUUGUAAUGUAUGUCAUGAAUUAUUUUAUAAUCUUAACAUUCAUAAAGAAAAUAAAAAAAAGAUUUUAAAUACAUUUCUUGUUCAAUAUAGUAAUUCAACAUUGGAUGAAUAUCUUACGUUGAAUUUUCCCAAUGAAUGGAAUUGGAAACCAAUAUCAAAAGUUCCUUCGAUUAUUAAAGAAUUAUGGUGUAAUGAAAAAUGGUAUAAACUUCAAUCUUUAAUAGAUUCAAUUGCAACAUCUAUUCAAAUUCUUAAAAACAAAUCUCAAAUAAAACCAUUUAUUAUUGAUCAAUCAAUCAAAUCUGUAAUAUUAUCAAUAGUAAAUAUUCAAUCAAUUGAAUAUCUUCCAAAUAUAUCAUUAUAUAUCAAUUUAAUUAACAAUGAACAACGAAUACAAAAAGGAAACUUUUUUAAAAAUAUAUCAAAUAAUCAUGAAAAUGAUUUUCCUCGUACAGGUUCUAUUUGUAUUGUUAGUCAAACAGAUGAAAUGAAUGUAUUAAAAAAACUUAUGUUUCAAAUUGAACGACAAACAAUUUUUAUUGAUAAAACCAAUUCUAUCGAAUGUAAUAUUUGUAAAGAAAGAUUUAAUUUCUUACGAAAUAAACAUCGUUGUCGAAUGUGUGGUCAUAUACAAUGUGAUAAUUGUCAAGUUUGGCAAACAUGUCGUCAUUUUGGAUAUAUUCAACCAGUUCGAAUAUGUCUUUCAUGUUCUCAACAACAUCAUAUAUAUCUUGCGAAAAUUAUUAUGGAAAAGAUUUUGAUUCGAAUCAAAUUUAUCAACGUGCUAUUCGAUAUUUUUGGGAAAAAAAAAGAAUUUAAUCGUGUAUUACAAUGUUAUACUUAUUUUGCUAAUGAACAAGAUUGGAUAGAACUUGCGGAGAAAUUUUGUGAUGAAUAUUCAUUGUAUGAAUUUGCAGCUGUUUGUUUUCGUGUGAUUUCAACAAGAUCUGAUACAUUUUGGAUUAAUAAAGCAAAUAAUUAUUUUGAAAAAAAACGAUUUAUAUUAGCAUUACUUUGUUAUGAACAAAUCAAUCUAAGUAUUGAAAAGACUUGGUUAAUAUUAAUAUCAACAAUUCAUGAUAAAAUUCAAAUUUAUUUAUCAUAUUAUAUUCAAUGUAAAAUUGAAAAAAUAUCAAAUGAAAAUAAAUCGAAAUUUCUCAAUCAAUUACAACAAUAUUUAAAAGAGAAUCAAAUUCGACAAUUUGCUAUUAAACAAUUACAAUUAGCAAGUUUAUCUUCAUCAGAAUGGAAAAAUAUUUUAGAAGAAUUUGCAAAUAAACAAGAAUAUAUCAUUACAAUUGAAAUUCUUUUAGCAUUACAACCAUAUUCACAAGAAUUUACUCAUCCGUUUUUAAGAUCAAUUUCAAUUUUCUUACGAAAUUCUAUACUAAAAAUUGAUGAAUGGAUAUGUUGGGGGCAAAAUUGA